CCUAGCGCCAGCCUCGGGCUCGCCGCCUUUCCCGGCUGCGGCCCGGCCCGCGGAGCCCGCACUGCCCCCCGCGCCCCGCCGGCCCCGCUCGGCGCUGCUGUUAGGCCGCGCCCUCGCAGGCCCAGUCCGCGGCGGCUCCGGCCGGUGAUGCCCAAUACAGCCAUGAAGAAGAAGGUGCUGCUGAUGGGGAAGAGCGGCUCGGGGAAGACCAGCAUGCGGUCGAUUAUUUUUGCGAAUUACAUCGCCCGCGACACCCGGCGCCUGGGGGCCACCAUUGACGUGGAGCACUCCCACGUUCGGUUCCUGGGCAACCUGGUGCUGAACCUGUGGGACUGUGGCGGCCAGGACACCUUCAUGGAGAAUUAUUUCACCAGCCAGCGGGACAACAUCUUCCGCAACGUGGAGGUGCUGAUCUACGUGUUCGACGUGGAGAGCCGCGAGCUGGAGAAGGACAUGCACUACUAUCAGUCGUGCCUGGAGGCCAUCCUCCAGAACUCGCCGGACGCCAAGAUCUUCUGCCUGGUGCACAAGAUGGAUCUGGUCCAGGAGGAUCAGCGCGACCUGAUCUUCAAGGAGCGCGAGGAAGACCUGAGGCGACUCUCCCGGCCCCUGGAGUGCGCCUGUUUCCGAACCUCCAUCUGGGACGAGACGCUUUACAAAGCCUGGUCCAGCAUCGUCUACCAGCUCAUCCCCAACGUGCAGCAGCUGGAGAUGAACCUGCGGAACUUCGCGCAGAUCAUCGAGGCCGACGAAGUUCUGCUGUUCGAGAGAGCCACGUUCUUGGUCAUCUCCCACUACCAGUGCAAAGAGCAGCGCGACGUGCACCGGUUUGAGAAGAUCAGCAACAUCAUCAAGCAGUUCAAGCUGAGCUGCAGCAAGUUGGCCGCGUCCUUCCAGAGCAUGGAGGUCCGGAAUUCCAACUUCGCCGCCUUCAUCGACAUCUUCACGUCGAACACAUACGUGAUGGUGGUCAUGUCCGAUCCGUCCAUCCCGUCGGCAGCCACACUGAUCAACAUUCGCAAUGCGAGGAAACACUUUGAGAAGCUGGAGAGAGUGGAUGGACCCAAGCACAGCCUCCUUAUGCGCUGAGUGUUGCCAAAUGCUUCUUGAAAAUGCUCAAUUGCCUUUCCCCUCCCCAGCCCCCAACCCCCCUUUUUUUUCCAAAGAGAUGUAUUCAUUAUGUUGUGUGCUUCAAUGUGGGCUUUCAAAUGUGUGCAGCUUACUACCUUGAUCUCUUUUCUUCCCUACUCCCCAGUCUUUAAAGUUGGGCGCUACUCAGUUAUCCAGGAGAGCUUCACGAGGGCUUUUCUGAAAAGUUGGUACGGUGUUAACACUAAAGUAGGUGGUGUGUGUAUGUGUGCGUGGUUGUUGAUGACCUGGUUAUACUAGAUACAUCAAAGCCUUUACAAUAUCUUACUGUAUUUCUUACAAGAUUACAAAGAUAGAAUGUUAACUAUUUUAUCAGCAAGGUAUUAAAAUGCAUUUAUAAAUUC